AUGGAGAAGACGAAUACAGAAACCGCCAUGGAAGAAAUCAAAUCUUCACCACCAAAAAAUUCAUCGCUGUUCCCCGUUUUCCCCCAAACUCAAAUACCUUCAGCGCCCAAUCCGUCCACCUCAUACGACGCCGUUCCUGAAUGGCUUCGAAAUUCCAGCUUCACCACCGACAUCUCCGUUAUAAACAACGCCGUUUCAAACAACUACGGUAAUAUACAUUUCCAGGAAAACCUAGAGGAAGACGAACAAGGAGAAGAUGUAGAGAAGGAAGAUCGGAAAAGUGAAGGUACGCGGUAUGAGUUACUGCACUCGUCCGCAUCGGAGCGGGGACACUCGUCUUCUGACGAUGAUGAGGGUAAGAAGAAGAAGAGGAAGAAGAAGCGGAGGAAGAGGAAGAAAUCGAGUGAUGAACGUCCACGCUAUGACUAUGCACUUUCUCCUACUUCCAGAAAACCUGAUGUUCGAACUUGGGCUAAUUCAGCUGCUGCUAGUGAUAAGGAGUAUUAUUUUGAUUCUCGUGGCGAUCGAGACAAUUUAGCUUUUGGUAGUAUCUACAGAAUGGAUGUUGCUCGCUAUAAGCUUCAUAAUUUGAGGAAAACCUCUGAGCUCAAUUACUAUAGGCGGGAUGAUAAGAAAACUUUUGAAGGGGAUAUUGAUAUUGAUGCGUUGGACAAUACGCUAAGGUCUGGAGGUCGCUACUGGUCUGCAACAUAUGCUGCGAUUGAGCACCAUAAGAACCUGAAGCGUCUAAAAAUUUUGACUCCUCUCAAGCCAAUGAUGAACAUUCCGGCUGAUUUCGUCUUAUUGUCAGAUGAAGUUAAAUCAGAUGAAGGAAUCAGAGGAGAUGCCAUUUCAGGCAAUGUUGUGGUCGAGGAAUCUUUGGAGGAUGAGGUCUUUCGCAAAACGAAGGAGUUCAACAAGAUGACAAGGGAACGACCACAUGAUGCGCAAAUUUGGUUGGCUUUCGCACAGUUCCAAGAUAAGGUAGCAAGUAUGCAACCACAGAAAGGUGCCCGUUUGCAAACACUUGAAAAGAAGAUUAGUAUUCUGGAGAAGGCUACAGAGCUGAACCCUGACAGCGAGGACCUGCUUCUCUCUCUUAUGAAUGCUUAUCGGAGCAGAGAUAGCAUUGAUGACCUGAUUAGUCGAUGGGAGAGUAUACUUAUUCAAAACUCAGGUAGUUGCACAUUGUGGAAAGAAUUUUUGCGGGUUGUUCAGGGUGAUUUUUCAAGAUUUAAGGUUUCUGAAACGAGAAAAAUGUAUGCAAAUGCAAUCCAAGCUCUAUCUGGUGCAUGGACUAAGCAGCAUAGGCAGGUUUCUGGAGGUGCUAAUUCGCCUUCUACAGAUCCUGCUAUUGUUAGACUUGAACUUGGUCUGGUUGAUACAUUUCUCGGUCUCUGUCGGUUUGAAUGGCAGGCUGGGUACAGAGAGUUGGCUACUGCUUUGUUUCAGGCGCAGAUUGAAUACAGCUUGUUCUGCCCUUCUUUACUUCUUAGUGAGCAAAGCAAGCAAAGAUUGUUUGAGCAUUUCUGGAACAGUAAUGGUGCCAGGGUUGGGGAAGAUGGUGCGCUAGGCUGGUCAAAGUGGCUAGAGAAAGAGGAAGAGCUGAGGCAAAGGGCGAUGAAGGAGGAAUCUUCGCAUGAUUCUGGAAAGGGUGGUUGGACUGGUUGGUCAGAACCGUUAUCUAAAAUUAAAGAAAGUAAUGAAGCUAUAGAAAAAAUAACAGAAACUGAUGGUGCUCUUGAUGAGUUAGAAGAUGAAUCUGAAAUGGAGGAUGAUGGACAGAAAGAUGAUACUGAAGCUUUGCUGAAAAUGCUUGGGAUUGAUGCUACUGCUGAAGCUAAUUGUGAGAUUAAAGAUGCAAGAACUUGGAUUAGGUGGUCUGAAGAAGAGGUAGCAAGAGACUCGAACCAGUGGAUGCCAGUCCAUGCUAAAACUGGGAUUUCGCAUAGUGAGGUUCCUGCUGAUUCACAGGAUGAUGAGCAGCUUUUGAGAGUAAUAGCAUAUGAAGAUUUGAGUGACUACCUGUUCUCGAUAUGUUCUGAAGAAGCGCGUCUUUCCCUCGUAUCCCAGUUCAUUGAUUUUUAUGGCGGGAGGAUGGCUCAAUGGACUUGUACAAACAGUUCAAGUUGGGCUGAUAAAAGCCUUAGUUUGGAGGCUAUUCCAGACUCUCUCUUUGAUGAACUAAGAAGAAUGCACAGCUUUUUAACCAAAGAAGGAAGGAACCAAAGUGACACAAGUUUGGAGCAAGUUUUUAGAAGCUCUGAUGAUGUCUCUAUGAGGACGAGCAUGAUGAGUUUUGUUCGAAAUGCUACAUUGCUUUGUUGCACUAUAUUUCCCCAAAAUCACAUUUUGGAAGAGGCUGUUCUUAUUGCGGAGGAGCUAUCAAAUACAGUAAUGAAUACUUCUAGUUGUUCAGUCACACCAUGUCGAGCUUUAGCAAAAAGUCUUUUAAAGAGUAACCGUCAGGAUGUAUUGCUUUGUGGAGUUUAUGCACGAAGGGAAGCAUUUUUUGGAAAUAUUGACCAUGCUAGAAAGAUUUUCGACAUGGCAUUGUCUUCUAUUGAUGGACUUCCACAGGAUGUUCAGACAAAUGCAUCUCUCUUAUAUCUCUGGUACACUGAAGUGGAGGUAGCAAACAGUAUUCAUGGUGGUUCUGGAUUGGCUGAAUCAUCUUUACGUGCUGUGCAUAUUUUAUCUUGCUUGGGCAGUGGCAUAAAAUACAGUCCGUAUAAAUGUAAACCCUCAAGCCUGCAACAGCUGAAAGCACGCCAAGGAUUCAAAGAACAAGUGAAUUCUCUACGUUCGUCGUGGACACGUGGCUUAAUUGAUGAUCAUUCAGUUGCUCUCAUAUGUUCAGCUGCUUUAUUUGAAGAAAUAACAAUUGGAUGGACUGAAGGUGUUCAAAUUUUAGAGCAAGCAUUCACAAUGGUGCUUCCUGAAAGAAGGCGGCACAGUCAUCAUCUGGAGUGUUUGUUCAACUUUUACACGAGGAUGCUAUGUAGACAUCAUCAAGAAAUGAAGCUGUCCAAAUUAUGGGAAUGUAUAGUGAAAGGACUGGAUAUAUAUCCAUGCAAUUCAAGUCUUUACAAUGCAUUUGUUGAAAUUGGCCAUCUCUAUGUGUCACCUAAUAAGCUACGGUGGAUCUUGGAUGAAAUUCUCCAAAAGAAACCGUCGCUGCUUGUUUUGCUGUUUGCAUUAUCAUUUGACAUGAGCAAAGAUGGCACAGAGCAUAGAAUACACAGACUUUUUGAGAGGGCUUUGGAGAACGAGAAGCUACGUAACUCAGUAUUGGUAUGGCGCUUGUAUAUUGCUUAUGAAAGUGAUAUAGCAUGCAACCUUUCUGCAGCUAGAAGAGCUUUCUUUCGGGCCAUCCAUGCUUGCCCAUGGUCAAAACGGCUCUGGCUUGAUGGUUUCAUUAAGUUAAAUUCCGUUCUUACAGCAAAAGAGUUGUCUGAUCUCCAGGAAGUGAUGCGGGAUAAAGAACUCAAUUUGAGGACAGAUAUUUAUGAAAUACUAUUGCAAGAUGAUGUUGAUUCUGAAGUCAUGAAAAUCAAAAUUUCUUCAGUUGCGGAUGGUUAACGUGCCAGCUAUAUGACACAAUCACAUGGCUUUUGUCAGCGCUCAACUUUGAAGUACCUGGUCUUGGUUGGUUUCGGACAAGGCCGUAAGUGAUGCCUUUGAUGUUAGUACAUGCUGAUCACUGUCGUGAUGUGAGCGGAAAGAUGGAUCCUCUUUCCAGGGAAGAUAACGGAAAAUGUUUAUUACUUGAUGCCGUUAGUUGUAUGACAGACUGGUGCAGCCUUUUCUGUAAUCCUUUGAUUAUAACAAGAUUAAAUCAGCAGCUAAUAGCGGCCCAUCUGUAACUUGCUGAGUGCAUAACUAAGGUGUUAGCUCCCCCUUUUGUAUGUUAUGCUUCAGGUUCUACCAACAAAAUAGAGGAAAUAGCAAAAGUAAGAUAAAACUGUCUUGAAAAGGAUUACAGAAAACCUGUCUGUUCUUCCCUUCACUCGACAUUUCUCUGGUGUCUCUCUACAUUGCGUUCUUUACUUUCCUCCUUUUUGGGGUUUAAAAGACAGUUCGUGAAGGAACAUGACUUCAUUAUUAUUGGCAGGAUGCAGUUAAUCUUUUCCUCCCCUUUUGAUAAUGAUCGUUAGUGUUUGAAUGAA